AUGUCUAUUGUCCAAGUCCUUCCAAUUCCUGCAUGUUUCUCCCUCAUUGGCUACACUAUACUGACUCAAGGCGACGGAAAAAAAGCCCUCCAAAAGCCCUUGCUAUCACCCGAUGGGAAAUAUCUCGCAGUCAUUGCAGCGGAUGAGCAGAUCCACAUCAUCAAUCUCGCAGAAGCUGUCCAUCGGCACGCAAUCAGCAAGACGAUCAAAUUACCGAAGUCGAUACGGACAUUCUUGAAAGAAUGCAAUAUAUUACGCUGGUCGCCGGAGACGGUGUAUGAACUGGUCGAGGACGCAGAAGGCUUGUCCAACACGACAUCAACGUUGACACCGACGUCAGACCACGAACCAGAAACGACAUGGAUCUUGAUAAGCAACGGCGGCCGACUGGUGGCCUUGCGCACCGACCUCCCCAAGUCCAAGUCCAACUCCAGAUCUCUCUCGAAGCCCAGAUCCAACAUUCUCGCCGACUACGAACUAGGCAACCAGUACGGCAAAGCCACUCUCGUGGAAUAUGUCUUCAACCACCGCCACGCGCUGGUGCUGUUCGAGUUCGGCACGACGGCCGCGAUUCUCAGCCUGACCAAACCGGAGCGCGACGAGAUCGCACAUGUGAAAUUCGCCGACGCGCGAAGUUUCGCUGCAGCUCCGGACAUGCGAUAUUUUGCGUUACUCCGACGCGAUAGGGGCCAGGACCGAGUCACUGUGUUCGAAAUGGACGACGGCGACGACAACAGCACAGCCGACACCACGAACAAGCACAAGAUUACUUACAAAACCAAGGACAAGAUCACUUACAAAUCCUUCGACGUGGAUACCUCAGACGCGCAGAGCGUGACGUGGUGUCCGGAUGGAAGCCCGGUGCUGGCGAUCUGCGAUUCUCCAGCGUAUGGGACGAGAGUAUGUUUCUUCACGGCUCAAGGUCACGCGCUGAAACAGCUGAAUAUCUCGACGGGAACGUUCACUUCCAUCCACAUCAACAGCCCCACUCCUCCCCCUCCCAAGGACGGACUGGAACCAUUGAAGGUAGAAGGUGUCGGUGUGAUGUUUUGGAAAUGGACUAAGUCAUGCAUCGUUGGCCGGACCAAACGAACCAUCCAGACUGUCGCGGACGGUCAGAAGCGAGUUGUCAUCCGAUCCUUGGACACGACCACCGGCAUGGCGACGCAAAUGCUCGCCCAAUUCACCCAUCCUGACCUGAUUGAUGGCUCUAGUGCAUUUGUAUGGCAGGAAGUUUUGGGUACGGCAGCGUCCGCAAUGGCGCCGCCGACCUUCAAGCGACAUAUGGGCACAUUCGAAGUCACAGACUCGCAUUCCAAUUCCCACUUUCAAACACACAGCACAGCGCAGACUCAGUCGAGAGAAGUCCACGCCCGAAGAGAAAAUGAUAAGGACAAGGAAAAAGAAAAGGAAAAGGAAAAGGAACACCAUGUCGACACCAUCGCAGUCAACUCGGAUCAGACUAUGGCGGCUACACGUCUUCGCUCUGCGCCUCGCACUCUGUUUCUCUGGAGGCUGGACAGCCGACAAGCCCAGCAAGCGCACCCACAUACCGUUCUUAUCUUCAGCAACGCGGUCCGUCAGACUCUAUGGCACCCAUGGCUGCCGAAUGUGCUUUUGAUCGUGACGACGAGCAGAUCUCCGCGCGUGUAUGUGUGGUUCACGGAGACUGUUGCUCCGGUCAGUGGCCUCGUUCCACUAGAUACGACGCCGACUGCGACUCCGACUCCGAGCAGGUCGUCGACAAAUUUCACGGCCGCUUGGCUACCGCAGUGCAGUACUAGUAUCGAUAUCGACACCCACAGGCAUGAUAGUCGUGAUGCCGAUGACAACACCAACGACACCUCAAACAGUUUCCACCACAGCAACGACAACAACCACAACCAUAACAAGCAAUGUCCAAUCCUCAUUUCUUCAUCCACAGCCUUCGAAGCCGGAGCCCUUCUAUCAACUACCGACAAUCAACUCUUUUUCGAAAGCAUUCUCAAUCGCCCAGAUGGACCUGACACUUCUCCCACCGUCUCCUCACCGUCUCGUUCGGAUGUGUUUCAAGCUUUCGGGAAGCGUGACGAUACCGAGACGACAGAUGUGAUGAUGAUCGACACGCCCAGCCGUCUUCCACAUAUUCGACCGAGGUAA